AUGAGUUUUGUAAGGGCAUUCUCAUUCCUCACGGUUGUGAGUCUCGUCACCUACACUCUUCUCUCGAUAGCGACGUCAUUCGGACCCGCUGAAAUGCCCGAGUUCGACAAGAAUGAGACUGUUCGUGAUAUCCCUACGUUUGGACUGGGGACUUGGUUAGCUGGAAAGGGAGUGGUUGUUCCUGCUGUAGAGCAUGCUCUCAAAGGCGGCUAUCGUCACAUCGAUACUGCCCUUAUCUGGCGCAACGAAGAAGCGAUUGGCAAGGGUAUCAAAGCCUCAAGCGUAUCACGCGAUGAAAUCUGGGUAACCGGUAAACUAUGGAACACAGAUCAUCGUCCUGAGUUAGUACGCAAGGCUAUCGAAACCUCCAUCGCGAAUCUCGACGUUGAGUAUCUGGACCUGUACCUCAUCCACUACCCUGUGGCUUGGGUUCCUGAGACACGAGAAGUAGAUAACAAUACUUCUCUUAUCGACACAUGGAAAGCUAUGGAAGAUCUCGUUCGCGCUGGUCUGACGCGUCAUAUUGGCUUCUCCAACUUUGCUCCAAAGGACAUCAAGAAUAUCUUUCAAAUUGCUAGCAUUCAACCCUACGCUCACGAAUUUGAGACACAUCCUUACCUCCAGCAACAGUCCUUUGUGGACUUUCACAAGAAAGAAAACAUCAAAGUGAUCGCCGCAUCGCCCCUCGCAAACGCAAACCCGACGUAUGGCGAUAAAUACCCAAGUAUUCUACACGACGCUUUCUGGACGACGCUCGCUGAGGAGAAGAACGCGACAGUCGCUCAGACAAUUCUCGCUUGGGGACAACAACGCGGGACGAUCGUGAUUUCGAAGAGCACGCACGCUGAUUAUAUUGCUGAGAACUUUUGUUCCCAAGGAAUUGAGUUCACCAAAAGUGAGCUCGAUGAGGUUGCGAAACAAGACAAAAAGUUGAGGCUGUUGAAUCCUGUUCACUGGGGGAUGGACUUGUUCGAGGGUCUGGAUGCAGGUGCUGCAGAGAAAGAGGAGCCGAAGAAGGAAGAGGAGGAACGUAAUUUGGAUUUGUGA